AUGCCUUACGCCAUAGAAUCUCCUGAAGAUGUUGCUUGCGGACAGGACUUCUACGAAUAUAUAGAGGAGCACAGGGCCAGUGUAGUUGAGGCCCUCCAAGCUAAAUAUGAGUCGAUUACUUCAUAUUUAAAAAAAAUUGAGGAACUUCUAGAGGGCAGGGCCACUGGCUCUAGUGAAGCCAUGGCAGCGUAUUAUCAUUACUGGGAGAGAAGAAUUUUUAAUGCAAUAGCAGCGAUGCUGAUAAGAGGUGCGCCUCAAACUUUCAAACAAGUACACGGACCAAUGAACAAACUUCUACGGCCGAGUGCUGUUUCAGCGCUUACGCGGGCGAUGCAGCUGCAAAUUAUAGUGCCUUGUUUUUCAAGUUUGGCCGAAAAUAUAUGUCUGUCACUUUUUGUCUCCUUGCAGCAACUAGUCGCUUUCGAGCGUUUUUUACUUUAUCAUCCCCAAUGUGCCGCUGGCCAGCAGUUCUUCGGGUGA